AUGGGCUUUGACAGAUGGCUGCGGGCCUACGAGAACGCCGUGUCCUUCCACUUCAGUAAUUACUUCGUGGGUCAUCUGAGUGAAGGCACCAGCAUGUUGGCUGGAGCAGGAUUCACUGAGGAGAAAGACAAAGUCCACUGGGAUAUGAGCGUGGUGAAGCCUCUCAGCGUGGAGAUGCCUCGCUCCAUGGUGCUGGUGGUGGUCUCCUGGAACAUCCCCAUGUCCCAGUGGUUAAAGAGCUAUGUGUUUAAAACCUCCAUGAAGCUGGGGACGUUCCCAGCGAUCCUGGUGACCUACACGGCCAGCGCCCUGCUGCAUUUUGACACUGAAGAAGAGGAGGAAGCUGAAGGUCAGCUGCUGACUGGAGCCUCUGCUUUGCUGUGCAGAUGGCUGCGGGCCUACGAGAACGCCGUGUCCUUCCACUUCAGUAAUUACUUCGUGGGUCAUCUGAGUGAAGGCACCAGCAUGUUGGCUGGAGCAGGAUUCACUGAGGAGAAAGACAAAGUCCACUGGGAUAUGAGCGUGGUGAAGCCUCUCAGCGUGGAGAUGCCUCGCUCCAUGGUGCUGGUGGUGGUCUCCUGGAACAUCCCCAUGUCCCAGUGGUUAAAGAGCUAUGUGUUUAAAACCUCCAUGAAGCUGGGGACGUUCCCAGCGAUCCUGGUGACCUACACGGCCAGCGCCCUGCUGCAUGGUCUGAGUUUUCACCUGGGAGCCGUUCUGCUCACGCUGGGAUUCAUCACCUACGUGGAACACGUGCUGAGGAAGAGGAUGGCCUUCAUCCUUAAUGCCUGCAUCCUGUCCAGACCCUGUGCCUCAGACUGCAGCCAUCGACACAAGAAGAAUGUUUGGGUUCUGCUGCUGAACCUGGUUUUCAGCCUGAUGGUGGUCUUCCAUCUCGCCUACUUGGGCUCCAUGUUUGAUCCUGGAUCAGAUGAACAGGAAGUAGAAGAGGGUUACGCGGCCAUCCACACCAUACAGAGAUGGUCUGAACUGAACUGGGCCGGCCACUGGGUCAUUUUCGCUUCUUGGAUUUUCUACCGUUUGAUUCAGUGAACUAAUGCUGCGACGAUAAAACUGUUUUUCUAAUAAAAUGUUUCCACUGAGACUCCUGGAAGAU